AUGACGAUUUAUACCGCUCUUUCUAUCUUUCUUCUCGCCGGCCUGGCCAUCUCUCAACCUACCGUGCUCAGCAAGAACGACGGAAUCCCAUACGGGGCGUUCCCCUCGUCCGCUUCAUCUGCCAGUCUUCCAAGCGCGACACCCAUUACAUCCUCCAAUGCCCACCUCGGCCGUGCCGUGGUUGUCAACCAUUGCCAAACGCCAGUCUACAUCUGGUCUGUCGGCUCGACUGUCCGAUCUCCGGCGACCGUCCGUCCAGGAAACCGCCACUCUGAAACCUUCCGCCAUGAUGCUGCCACCGGGGGCAUCGCACUUAAAAUCAGCACUGUCAGCGAUGGUCUCUACACGAGUGCGCCACUAACUAUAUUCGCGUAUAACCUCAAUGGCCAACAAGUGUGGUACGAUCUGUCAGAUGUAUUUGGGGAUCCAUUCAAGGGUCAUUCUGUUGUGGUAUCGCCGGCCGAACCUGAGCUUAGCUGGGCAAAUGGAGUCCCGCCAUCUGGAAGCCACGUUCGGGUAUCAGAUGCGUCAACAGAUUUGGUGUUGACGCUUUGCUAG